AUGGCGAGUAGAGAGAAGACGAGUAUCGAGGGCCACAUGUUUGACGUAGUCGUGAUAGGAGGCGGCAUCUCAGGAUUGUCUGCUGCCAAACUCUUAGCCGAACAUGAAGUUGAUGUCUUAGUUUUAGAAGCACGAGAUAGAGUUGGAGGAAGAACAUACACCGUGAGGAAUGAACAUGUCGAUUACGUAGAUGUUGGUGGGGCUUAUGUAGGACCAACUCAGAACAGAAUCUUACGACUAUCUAAGGAGCUGGGUCUAGAGACUUACAAAGUGAACGUAAAUGAGCGUCUUGUACAGUAUGUCAAGGGGAAAACUUACCCAUUCCGAGGAGCCUUUCCUCCGGUAUGGAAUCCUAUCGCAUAUUUGGAUUACAACAACCUGUGGCGGACAAUGGAUAACAUGGGGAAGGAGAUUCCAGCAGAUGCACCAUGGGAGGCCCCACAUGCCGAGGAAUGGGACAAGAUGACUAUGAAGGAUCUUAUCGAUAAAAUCUGCUGGACAAAGACUGCUAGGAGGUUUGCAUCCCUCUUUGUGAAUAUCAAUGUGACCUCUGAGCCCCACGAGGUGUCUGCGCUCUGGUUCCUGUGGUAUGUGAAGCAGUGCGGAGGUACCACUCGGAUAUUCUCGGUGACCAAUGGAGGCCAGGAACGGAAGUUUGUGGGAGGAUCCGGUCAAGUGAGUGAACGGAUAAUGGAGCGCCUUGGGGACAGAGUCAAGCUGAAGCGCCCUGUCACCUAUGUUGACCAGUCAGAUGACAACAUCAUCAUAGAGACACUGAAUCAUGAACUUUAUGAGUGCAAAUACGUGAUUAGUGCCAUCCCUCCAACUUUGACUGCCAAGAUCCACUUCAGACCAGAGCUUCCAUCAGAGAGAAAUCAGUUAAUUCAGCGUCUUCCAAUGGGAGCUAUCAUCAAGUGUAUGAUGUAUUACAAGGAGGCCUUUUGGAAGAAGAAGGAUUACUGUGGCUGUAUGAUCAUUGAAGACGAGGAAGCUCCAAUUUCAAUAACCCUGGAUGACACCAAGCCAGAUGGAUCACUGCCCGCUAUCAUGGGCUUCAUACUUGCCAGAAAAGCUGACCGACUUGCCAAGCUCCAUAAAGAAAUAAGGAAGAGGAAAAUCUGUGAGCUCUAUGCCAAAGUGCUAGGAUCCCAAGAAGCUUUACAACCCGUACACUAUGAAGAGAAGAACUGGUGCGAGGAGCAGUACUCCGGGGGCUGCUAUACCGCCUACUUCCCCCCUGGGAUCAUGACUCACUACGGAAGGGUGAUCCGCCAGCCAUUUGGCAGGAUUUACUUUGCUGGCACUGAGACGGCAACACACUGGAGCGGUUAUAUGGAAGGAGCUGUAGAGGCUGGGGAACGGACAGCUAGAGAGGUCUUAAAUGCUCUCGGGAGGGUGGCAGAGAAAGACCUGAAGACCCAGGAACCUGAAUCAAAGGAUGUUCCAGCUAUGGAAAUCACCCACACCUUCUGGGAGAGGAACCUGCCAUCGGUGACAGGCCUGCUGAAGCUCAUUGGAUUUACCACAUCAGUAACUGCCCUGUGGAUUGUGGCGUACAAAUUCAGGCUGCUGAGACGAUCCUGAGUCUUCAGCCCCACACUCUCUGCUUACUCUUCCCCAGCACCAUCAAAAGCAAAAUGUCGACAAAGGCUGUGUCAUUGGACCAUCUUUAAAUGCACUGAUUUAAGUUUAGUCUCAGUCAGUGUCAUAAGU